AUCUUGGAAUUUCUGGCACAACUUCAAAAAAGGGAGACCUUCAGUGGAACGCUGGCGAGAAGAAACUAACAGGGGGAGCCAACUGGCAGCCAAAAGUAGCACCAGCAACGUGGUCCACCGGUGGUGUCCCCAGUGGCCCCUUGAAAGGUUGGGCAAUACUGUACUAUACAGGAACCGUGCCUCCAGCAAGUGCUGUUCCUGCUGCGGGGGGUACUCCGCCUGUUGCACAGCCAGGAGCAGCGUUUGGGAUGGCGCCAGCAGGGGCAGGGGUGCCCAUGAUGCCCCAGCAGCCAGUGAUGUACGGGCAGCCCAUGAUGAGGCCACCGUUCGGGGCUGCCCCGGGCCCUGGUGUACAGCUUUCUCCAAGCCCAACUCCUGCUACUCAGAGUCCCAAGAAACCUCCAACAAAGGACCCAUUAGCGGAUCUUAACAUCAAGGAUUUCUUGUAAACGCUCAGCUGCAGUUUUUCUGACUGGACAGUAAAAACGUGAGUUUGGAGUCUACAAAUUGAUGCUCAGAGUUUCCAAGUGAGCUACCAGUACCAAACCCAGCGCUUACUCAGACUUUCUCUUACUCCUGAAACGUGUAGCACAGCUGUGAAAGUGAACAUUAGGAAUGUGUACUACUACCUUAGCUGUUAUCCCUACUCUCUCUAAAUUUGUGUACUUGGGUUAUUUGUGUUUUACAAUUUAAACAAUGGAUGUAUGUUUCUGAUGCCUUCUAGUGCUUUUCUGAACCUGUCCCAUGGGGGAAGAUUAUGCAGCUGUUGUUUGGUGAGCCAUUUGGAGCAAUGUCUGUGUUUUUUGAAGGUUUCAAUGUAUAUAACUUUUCAAGGACACCUGAAAUUUCCCUGAGACUCAAUUUCUCCUUUAUCUGUUACAAAAUAUAGUGUGAUAAUACCAGAUAGUAAGGAAAACACUUAUGAAGUUGUGUGGAAUACACUGUUUUUCCAAUCACAGGAAUCCCAAUUGUCAUGAAAAAAUGUUUUAUUUUUGUGGCACUGUAUAUGUUAAAAUAAUUUAAAGUAAUAUAAAGGUAAACCUCCAUAACAUGCUUUUCAAUGUUUUACCAAGAAUGAAAAAUCAUAUCUGAAAGAUUACCAUAUUUAUUUCUGGUUUUAUUUUAAAAUAUAUAUUAAUUAUUUAAGGUUUUUUUUUCCUUUUAAAAUUGGCAUAUUUAUCAAUUCUUGCUAAAUGCACUGAAAAUAAGUAAAGGGUCAGUUUCUCUCCAUGUAGUUGAAAAAAGCAACCAUAGUCGUGCUGGCAUUAGGGGAUUUCAAAUACGGGAGCACUCUUUGGUGUAUCUGUAGUCAGAACAUUACAAGUGGUGUUACUCAUCUCUGUUUAGUUCUUAUGUACAUCUCUUAAUUUAGUGCUUACCUGUGUAUGCCUUAGGCUAGUGUUUUAUCCAUUUCCUCAAAUGCGCUGUGAGUAGCUUUUGUACUAUUGGUGAUUAGAUUAAAUUCUGAUCCAGAGAACCAUGCCCUUUACUGUACAUAAAUGUGUUUCUUUAAUUUUUAGUUUGUUCUCAUACUGUUUCUGCUGACGGCUUGGCUUAAGAUCUUGACUCUUCAAUGAGGUCACUGUUGAUCAGUGUUACAAGUGGCUUGGCAGUUCUCUGUAAAAGCAUAUUGGGUUGGAAAGAUGUUCACCUCAAGUCUUUCAAAUUAACUAUUUAAUCAGUGUAUGGUACCAUUACAAGUGGUUGUAUCUGAAGUUGCGGUGGGGAUAACAUGUACACCGUCAUGGGAAAGUUCUAUACAAAGCUAAUUUCAAAAUGGCUCUUCUUUGUAUUUCAGUUCAAAAAAACAACAACAAAAAAACCCAGAAACCCCAGUGCAUGUGUGCCCUCUGAGAUGCAAUAAACACCUUGAUGAAAGUAAA